CUAGUCUCUUUGCAAAUUUGCAUUGCAUCAGUUUAGCAAAAGGGAAAGGGGGGGAUAUUUAAAACCCUCCCUCGCAAUACAUUGAAAACAAAGAGAAUAAGAUGCUCAAAUGUGCAUUUAAGGUGCAUUUUGUGCAUGCAUCCCCGGCUGCCUCCUUUGGAUUGCUGUGGAGGGCUGAAUAAUGUGGAUUAUAGCAAGGUUGACCUCUCCGUCAUGACCUUCUUCUUCGAUUACGUGGAUCUGACUGACUCCAACUUUGUGACAGCUGUCCUUUGCAUCGCCUUCAACCCACUUUUCUGGAAUCUGAAGCCAUAUGAGAAAGCCACAUGUCAGAUCGGUGAAUCCCUUGGACCUGAGGGGGGAAAGGAAUCAAUUCCCUUCAAGAUGGGGAGAUGGGAGCACAAGACUCGGUCACUCACGCGCAUCUUCCGUUCUCCGUACGUGGCUUGCUACUGCCUGGGCGCCACCAUCUUGUUCCUUAAUUUCCUACGGAGCCAUUGUUUCACAGAAGUGAUGAAGAGUCAGCCUAAACUAAAGCUUCUGGACUGUCUCCUUGGAUACUAUAUUGGCAUGGCCCUCAUAGCAGUUGGCUCCAUCUUCGUCAUCUCCAGCUUCCUUGCCCUCGGUUUCUUCGGCACAUUCUUGGGUGACUACUUUGGCAUCCUCAUGGAAGCAAAGGUGACCUGCUUUCCCUUCAGCAUCUUGGACAAUCCCAUGUAUUGGGGCAGCACAACUGUCUACCUUGGUUGGUCUCUCAUGCAUGCAAGUCCUACUGGUCUGGUCCUGACGGCGGUUGUGGCGCUGUGCUACAGAAUUGCAUUGCUCUAUGAAGGGCCUUUCACGGAAGAAAUCUAUCGCCAGAAGCCAACGAAGAGCAAAUAGUGCCAACCUUAGCUGGGGAAGAGAAUCCGAGAAGAACCGGUGUCAUUUGGAAGCAAGGGGCCUGUCUGCCUUCACAGCCAGAACACUGAUGCGGAGUAACUGGGGAUGGGAAAGACACACUAUUCAGCCUGGCUUUUUAAUUAUGCUUGUCUCAAGACUCUUCAAAAAUACUGUUUUUUUCAGCCUGGACAAGGCUGCUGGGGGGGGGGGGUGUUAUGGGAAAAGAACUUUUGACUUUCACAAAGACUUGUGCCAACCUCGGGCAUAAGGCAUGGCAGUGUUGUUGGUGGCAAUCAUUGCUCCACCCUUGGCUUUCAGCAGCUUCCAUUAACCACAAGAGCCUGGAUGGGUUGAUUAUAUAUGUGAGAGUCUCAGGACAGGCAGGAGGGCCAGGACAUUUUAUGCAACUGUUUUCACAUGCACCAAAAUAGUAACAAUUUUUUGGACAAAUAAUGUGUAUUCAUUUAUGGGAGAAAAGAAGAAAGCCAUAAGAGUACAUGCACACCAAACAUGUGCUAGGGCUUAGCCAAUGCUGGCACAUGGGAGAUGGCAUUAAUCCUCUGGGGAGAAGAGGGGUCAGGAAUGCAGAGUUUGGAGGCAUGGACUGUACACACCUCAUUUCUUGCGCAUUUUUUCCCUUUGACACAAGUGGUUGGAGGGGAAUGUUGGGUCAUUUUCUCCUCCAAAAUGAUUCCCUUGCAGGACUCCCCAUGGAUUCCUGAAUCCAUGGGUGCUCAAGUCCCAUUAUAUAUAGUGGUGUCCCUUUUAUAAAAUGGCUUAAUCAAGCUUUGCAUUUUAGAAUUAUUAUUUUUUUAAUAUUUUCAAGUCAUGGAUGGUUGAAUCCUUAGACACAAAAUAAGCCCAGUUAGUGAAUUGUGAGCUUGCAUGAGAGGACACUUGCAAGGUUGUCUGGAUGCACACCAGUAAACACUAGUCAGUGUCCCGUGGCACAACGGUUCUGAUGUCCUGAUGCCAGGGAUGUUUUGUGGGGGUUAUGGACGGCACUGGGUGACACCCCAGGGUUUGUGUGUCUACCUUCUAGUGUGGCGUGUAUUGCUGUGCCUCUCCACAAGUAGACUGGUACUUAUGAAGGUCCUGGGAAGGACUCUGUCCACCCACCCAAAAGUGACAAGGAAGCCAGCUGAAAUGCUGUUGGCAUGCCACAGUAAAUUCCUGGUGACCUUGCACAUCACCGAAUGACUUGCAAACAAGGCGGGAAGACCGAAUCCUUUGGGUGCCCAGUCCACCAGCUUUCGGCAGCAAGUAGAAUAAAGCCUUUCUGGGUGACACCAACUCUUGUGAUGCCAUUGCCUAGUGCACAUCAGUAUCAUUGUGCAUCUUUUCCAAGGCACCCCAGUCACUUUGCCAGCUUACCUACAUAGUAAAGUAACCGGAGCCCUUUACUGAAAAUGGAUUUUAUGAAACUGCCUAAUUCCAGUUCCUGCAGACUGGAGUCCAUUUACGAAGACGCAAGUCUCCAACAGGAUUCCACCCCUUGUUUACAACAACACACUUUAAGUGGCUGUCCUGGUGUAGCUUUCCUCGAGAGAGGUGUGUUUCCAUUCCUUACAAAGCACUAAACUUGUUUUUCAGACCAGGUGGUUUAGAGGACAUCCUUUGAAGGUCCUUUGAAGAUGGAGGAAUGGAAAACCCCUCAGAGGUACUGAACUUUAUCAGAAAGCUGAGCCCUGUUUGUUUCUCUGCGUAGCAGUAGUAUAAAUUCUUUCCCCCUGUUUUUCUCUCACACUCCAUAAUUCCAUCACACCCCGUUGUGAAAAUAUCUUAAAUUCCUCUCCUAUUGUUUCCAAACGUGUCCAGUCUCCCAUACCAGCUUCUGGAAAUCAACCAAAAUUCUUUCCACUGCCUCAGUCACCCUCUGCCCUUUAUUAGUUUUAGCUUUCCAAAUGAGCUCUUGUGUUUCUAGGAUUUACUCAGUGUAGAUCUAAAAGAGCCAAAUUAAUCAUUAGGUGAAGCAUGCUAGAGAAAAAGUCCAAGUCGGCUUUGUCUGAGAGGGCCUAUAUAGCCUAAAGGCACCGGUUCUAGAUACCUCAAUUCAAGAAAGAUGUUGACAAUCUAGAACAUGUCCCUUGGAGGGCGACCAAAAUGGUGGAAGGUCUGGAAGUUAUGCCCUAUGAGGAGUUAGGGCUCAAGGAGAUGGGAAUAUUUAGUCUGAUGAAAAGGAGGUUAUGAGGAGACAUGAUAGUCGUGUUUCAAUAUUUGAAGGGAUGUUGUAUCAAAGAGGGAAUAGGCUAGUUUUCCACGACUAGAGACUACUAGGACUAGGAGCAAUGGAUUCAAACUACGGGGAAAAUAUCUCAGGAGGAACUUCCUGAUGGUCAAAGCUCUUUAAUAAUGGAAGAUGCUGCCUUGGAGUGUGGUUUUUCAACAGAGGCUGGCUGACCAUCAGUUGGGAGUGCUUUGAUUUAUGAGGUCCUGCAUGGGGUUAGACUGGCCUUUUGGGGUUUCUUGCAGUUCUAUGAUUCUACAAUUCUACCCUGGCUGGCAUAGGGAGUGCCCAUGAGAGUCUUGGGAUGGACAGGAAUGACCACCCCAAUGGAUGGACAGGAGUGACCCCCCUUGAGGUGUCAUCUGGUGUAGUCCAUACCUCCGCAUCCCCCUAAUGAUGCCACUGUGGGUCACCAAGAUAAGAUCUGCCAGUCUCUGACACCACAGCUUUGCAUGGUACUUAAAAAUAAAAAAUCCGCCAGUCUCUCUUGCAUUA